GCCCAACAGCAGCCAUGAAGCUCCUCCUGUUGGCUCUUUUCUGUUUUUGUGGCCUCACAGCAUACAUUGCAGAAGGUGUAGGAAGUGAAGUCCCCCAAAAGGGUACUUGCCUGAGCUGGGGCCAUCCCUUACAAAGCAAAAGGGUGAAGAGCUACACCAUUGAAGAGGGUCCCAUCAAAGCAGUGAUUUUUAUCACCCACAAGGGAUUUAAAAUCUGUGCUGAUCCUGAGGCCAACUGGGUAAAAAAUGUUAUCAAGUCUGUGCAAAGCAGAACCAACAUGAAGAAAACAACCAGUUCAACAGUCUAAAAGCCACCUACUACCAAGGCCAUCAUUAAAUCUGGGGCGACACCAUCUUUCUAGGUGUGUGAUGGAUUGUAUAGCAUGAUUGACUUGGAAUUAAGAAGACUUGGAUUCAAAUUUUGCCUCAGAAUCCUACUAACUGUGUGACCCUUGUCAAGUCUCUUAGAUUUGCUAAGACUCUGUUUUCUCAUCUGUGAAAUGGGGAUAAUAUCUAUAGAAGUUACCAUACAGGAUUACCUUGAAAAUCAAGACAAAAUGUAUGUUAAGUGCUUUGCAAACCCAAAAUGCUAU